AUGCUCAAAUUCCUCAACAAGAGCCUCCUCCGCCUCUGCCACCGCCUCCGGUGGCCUGUUCGCCGCCGCUCCAGGCCCAAAGUUGUCAUCAAGCGAUUUGGGAGAACAAACUCCAAAAAAUCUCAACUUGACGCUAGACAUGAAGCUAGCAUUAAUGGGUCGGCGGCAGUUCACCCGAAUGGUCAAUUGGGUGACUUAAAAACAGAGAGGCCUGUAAGGAUAGCGACUUUUAAUGCUGCCCUGUUCUCAAUGGCACCUGCGGUUCCAAAAAGUGAGAAAAUUGAGAGCUUUGAUGAUGAAAAUGGAGAUAGUAUGAAGGUUAGGCACAUUAACGUUCGAGCAAAGUCUGUAAAUGAUCGCCCAAAGAGUAUUUUAAAGCAAUCUCCUUUACAUCCCAAUUCAAUGAACAACACAGAGAAUCUCUCUAAGCAACAGAAGUUUGUGAAAUCCAAGUUACGGGUUUCGAUCAAUUUGCCUGACAAUGAGAUUUCUUUACUGAGAAAUAGACAAUUGAACUUUUCUGAAGAAGGAGGAGGAAAGGAAGACUCUUCUUGUCCAAGUAGUAGUGGUAAGACUAGACUUCUGAGAGGAAAGGCUCCUCUGAGAUCAUCAAGUGUGAGCUUUUGUGCAAAUAUUGGGAAUGACACAGCAGAUGGAGGAGAGUUUUAUAGAAGCCAUAGGACAGUGCUUGAUGUGCUGAGAGAGUUGGAUGCUGAUAUAUUGGCUUUGCAAGAUGUGAAGGCAGAGGAAGAAAAGGCCAUGAAGCCUCUGUCUGAUUUGGCUGCUGCUUUGGGCAUGAAUUAUGUUUUUGCUGAAAGUUGGGCACCUGAGUACGGCAACGCCAUCUUAUCAAAAUGGCCGAUUAAGCGGUCGAAGGUUCAGAAAAUCUUUGAUGACACUGAUUUCAGGAAUGUCCUAAAGGCCACCAUAGAUGUUCCUGAAGCAGGAGAAGUCAACUUCAACUGCACCCACCUUGACCAUCUUGAUGAGAACUGGAGGAUGAGGCAGAUCAAUGCUAUAAUCCAAUCUAGCAAUGAACCCCACAUCUUGGCUGGAGGUCUCAAUUCUUUGGAUGAAUCAGACUACUCUCAAGAAAGAUGGACUGAUAUUGUAAAGUAUUAUGAGGAGAUGGGAAAGCCAAGGCCUAAGGUUGAAGUAAUGAGAUACUUGAAGAGUAAACAGUAUACAGAUGCUAAGGACUUUGAAGGAGAAUAUGAAUCAGUGGUUAUGAUUGCCAAGGGCCAAAGUGUGCAGGGGACCUGCAAGUAUGGAACCAGGGUGGAUUACAUAUUGGCAUCUUCAAAUUCACCCUACAAGUUUGUUCCAGGGUCAUACUCAGUGUUUUCUUCCAAAGGGACAUCAGAUCAUCAUAUAGUAAGAGUUGAUGUGAUAAAAGUGGAUAAUGGUGUUGGAGAAGAUCACACCAGAAGGCGGCAAAUGAAGCAAAAGGUUACAAAGAUAACAAACACUACUUCUCCAUCAAAAGGGAUAUGGAAACUUCCACAGAUAUGA